AUGCUAACCAGGCUGUGCUUUCUGCUCUUGCUCUCUCUGGCUUACGGGAACAACGACGGGGAGGAUGACUGGGCGACGACGACGACGACCCCCGACGUGACAGAGACGAGUACCGUUGAAGACAUCGAGCCCUUUGUGAAUAAUUUGAUGAACGAUGCGUUCAAGAAUGGCUUACCGGUGUUCACCAAGUUUGGUUCAGACACUAACGUGUCCACCGACUGCUCGGCGGCACUCAUCAAGACCAUGUUGGCUUUGAGGAGGAUGGAGCAUUGGGCGUUCCAGAUGGCCGAUUCCAAUGGUCGUCCAGCCGCCGGUAUGCUGAAAGGUACCGUGGCGGACCUGGGGAAUUACGACGAAUGCUUGGCCGUCGUCGUGAAAGAUUCUUACGGAGACGUCGAUUUCACCGGCAAAUAUUGCAACCUUUUCAUCAAUCCCAAAGGAGUGCCGUAUGUCAACAAGAUCGUCAAGUCUUUCCAGAGCAAAGGGGAACUUACGGGACCGUACAGCCCGCUACGGUGGCUAAACCAGGAUUUAUUCUUUGGAAUGCAAGUGGGAGUAUGCAUUCCUUCCAAGUGUUCGGGAAGGGAACUACUUUACAUGGCGGAUACGCUGCUCAGCCGCUACGGCAUGUCCACUCUUCUGCGCGGCUGUGAGACGCAGGACAAGGGACCCUUCACGCAAUUUCAAAAGUGCAUGCUCAUAUUCUUGGCAGUUCUUUCCGGAAUCCUCUGUCUCUCCACGUUGUAUGACGCCAUUCUUCACUACCUGCCAGAAAAGCGAAAAUGCUGCCCGAAGCUUCUGAAUCAGAUCCUCGUGAGUUUCUCCGUGCUCUCUAACACGAGAAAGCUCAUUUCUACGGAAGCCGAAAAGGAAUCGGACAGCAUCAAGCUGCGGUUCAUACACGGCAUGCGUUUCUUCAGUUCAUCUUGGGUUAUUCUGGGACACACGUACUUGCUCGUCAGCGUUACUGUUUUAGCGGAUUCCCUGAACAUUGUCAAGUUCCACGACGACCCAGCUUUUCUGAUGAUAGCAAAUGCUUAUCCCUGUAUUCAGUCCUUCCUCUUCAUCAGCGGAUUUUUAGUCGCGUACAACGUGCUGAAAUAUCUGAAGGACUACAAGGGCAACUACGCUGUUCCCAUUGCAUUGCUUCUAGUUCGACGAUAUAUUCGCCUCACAGCACCUGUGAUGUUUCUCGUGGGUAUUUGGCUCCUGCUGCCUGCCUUCACGUGGGGACCGCUCUACACAGAAUACAAAGACGUCCUAUUUGGAAUGUGUGAGAAGAAUUGGUGGAGAGUCUUGCUGCACGUAAACAACUGGGUUCCUUUCUUCGAUAUGUGCCUGGGACAUCUGUGGUACAUCAGCGUGGACUGGCAGAUCUACGCCGUGCUAUGGUUCAUUCCGUUUGUCAUGCUCAAGCGAAAGAAGUUGGGUUUCUUCUUCCUCUUCCUGGUAAUCCUGGGAACAACCGUUCUAGUCGCUUUGCAAACCAAACUGAACCACUUCCAACCCACGGCCAUAUACAUCGAUCCGAACAUCAACCAAACAUUCGAAGCCGGCAACCAGAUCUACUUCAAGCCAUUCGCCCAUGCUGGUGCCUUUUGUAUAGGCAUCGCUACGGCGUAUGCCGUCCUCAUCUACGGAGCUGCCAAAAUUAACAGGCCAAUGCAGGCAGCACUGUGGGCAUUAGCGGCCGUCAUCGGGUUCUCGGUCGUGUUUGGACCGUAUAAAUGGUAUCGAGGUGCUGACUACGACACUGUCGACGCCGUCCUGUACGCGUCCACACACCGUACGGCGUGGGCCGUCUCCCUCGGAUGGGUGACUUUCGCCUGUGCUACGGGCCGUGGAGGACCAAUCAAUGCCUUCCUCAGCUGGCAGGGAUUCGUGCCUUUCAGCAGGCUCUCUUUCUCGGCCUUCCUCAUGCAGACGGUGGUUAUUCUGAUGCGCUGCCUAGUCACCAGGGAGCGCCUGCACUAUUCGCACACUUACAUGGUCCAAGAUUACUUCUUCGCCUUCAUGAUGACCUACAUCACGGCCUACUUGCUGUUCCUCGUAUUUGAAGCACCGGUCGGAAACCUAGAGAAGAUAAUUUUCAUGGGCAACAGAGGGAGCUUCGCCGAUGCUGCUGCCAAGGCCAAAGUACCGCAGGAACACCACCAUACUACGAUGCCUGUAGAGGUGGUAAUGAUGGCUCCAAACAAAACCACUUACUCUUCCAACGGCUAUCCGUCCUAUGAGGAGGAACGUACCUCGGCAUCUUCUAGAAGCCGGUUGUGAAUUAGCUUCGUAGCAAGCAUGUCAUACUAUACUACGGGUUCAAUGUAGUGGUGCAACGGCCAGGAUGUCAGAGACGUCCCAACCCUUUCGUGGCACAGCGUGGUCUGCAUGUCCUCCACACAAGCCAUCAGGGUUGUUGGGCUGCUGGUUACUUUCUGGUUGCUUUUUGGUGGGCGAAAGCACCUUGGAUGUGUAAUUGGGACGGUGACCCAACGGCGUCUGUUGUGAGUCAUUGCAUCGAGUAACGAAAUGUGACUCCUACCGAAUUUGUGACGAGGGAGCGCCCAGGAGGGGGGGGGGGGGGGGUCCGUAUGUCCUGACCCCCCCUCAAUUCCAGACUUGAGCAUAGGGUUCAAUAGACCAAUCCCAGCAUGCACCUGGCACUUGUCCA